AUGACGACAAUGGACACGUCUGGCCCAGGCGCCACCGUUCUGGACGCAAAACCUCGCGAUUCGGUGACGCCCAAGGAUCCAACCGAGAAGAAGACGGAGCUGAAUGGCCAUGUCGAUGAUGCUCCUCAAGACGUUUCCGAGGCACAGUCGGCGGCAGAUGGAAUGGAGAAGCAGCUAGAUUGUCCCACGGAGCAGACCGUUGCCGACACCAAGAAGCCGUUGGUGAACGGGAAUAACAGCAGCGACCCGUCAAAGGAUCAUGCCGAGGCUGCGGACGCCGCCGCACCCGCAGACCAGCCAACGCCGCCGUCAUGCAAGCCUGAGGAUGAACGCAAGCCGGCCGUUGCUGCGACGUCCAUCCCGGCCAAACCGGCCGUCUCACCAGGACGUGUCGAGGAAUCACAGCAGGCGGCACGGGACGCAGAGGAGACGAAGAAAAGUCAAGCCGACGACGUUCCGAUGAAUGACUCGCCUGCGCAUCCCGAACCUACAAAGGUUGAUGACGCGGCGGCGCAAGACACAGUCAUGGCCGAUUCGCAUCCUGAGAAAUCCGAGCCCGCCAAAGCCUCCGCCGCCGAGGACUCCUCCGCAAUCGUGUCGCAAGACGCAGUCGGCUCAUCUACAUCAGAGGUGGAUCUGGGCCCGGCUAACAUGUCGCAGCUCGCUAUUGAUACCACCGACAAAGGGAGCUCACCGGCCGACGCCACUGGUGACGUUCCCAUGGCUGAUGCGUCAACCGCGAAAAUCGCGCGUGAGCGAGAACACGAUGCAGCUGAGGAGCCCGCCGCCAAGAGAGCUCGGACUGAACCCAAGGAAGAAGAAGACCAGGCUGCGCCGUCGCUCCCCGCGACGUCCGACGUGCCUGCUGAUGCGCAUGGCGAGGUGAUUGUGUCCGCAACCGAGACGCCUGGCCUGAGCUCGUCGACGCUAAGCAAGCUCUGCAACUGGUCAGACGAGGAAACGAACAAGCGGCCCAUUUCCCCGUUCCAACGUCGAGAGAUGCGCAAGGCGAUUGGGCGGGUCAAGAAGACAAAGGCCGGCGCCAGCUUCAAAGACUCGGUCCAGAAGCUGUGGCCGCAUCUGUGGGACAGCUACAUCGCCAAGGUGGUCAAGCCCAUGGACCUUGCCGAGCUCGAGCGUGGUCUUCGCGACCUCAGCGGCCCGUACAACACCUACGGCGAGUUCCGCAAGGACCUCGGCCUCAUUUUUGAAAAUGCCCUCGACUUCAACGGUCCGCUGCACGACGUUACCGGAUCAGCAGCCGCGGCCGUCAAGUCGGUCUGGGAAGAGAUUCUCUCCAUCCCAUCCGAGGAGCCAGUCAAGCCCAAAGCCGCCCCCAAGGCCAAGCCGGUCCGCGAGUCUCGCGCCGUUGCCAACGCCGAUGCCGCGGCCUCUGCCGCUGCCGCUGCUCGCCGACAGUCUGUGGGGCCAGCAGCGACAACCACGACGACGACAACGAAAGCAACGCCAACGAGCCCUGCUGCUGCUGCUGCUGCUGCUGCUGCUGCUUCUGCUGCUGCUUCUGCUGCUGCUUCUGCUGCUGCUUCUGCUGCUCCAGACUCGACGUCGCGCAAAGCCGCGCCAUCCCAAGACCAGCCCGCGGAUCGUCGCAGCUCCACAGCGACCGAGGGAGACCGGCCGAAGCGAACUGUUCGAGCGCCCAAGUCAAAGGACAUUGACUACUCCACCAAGCCGUCUCGCAAGAAGCUCAAGCCCGAGCUUCAGUUUGCCGAGGAGGUUGUUGCGGAAAUCAUGUCCGCCAAGCACCUUGCGUCGAACCAGUGGUUCCUGAACCCUGUGGAUGCCGAAGCGCUUAACGUGCCCGACUACUACUCCAUCAUCAAGAAGCCCAUGGACCUGAACAAGGUGUCUCGCAUGCUGCACGGGGGCGAGAUUUCCAGCAUCAAGGAGCUCGACAAGACCGUCAGGCUCAUUUUCGACAACUGCUUCAGGUUCAACGGCCCGGUCGAGCAAGGGAACCCCGUGUCGAUCGCCGCCAAACGGCUCCAGGACCUGUACGUGGCGCAGAUGAAGGGCAAAGACGCCUGGCUCGCCAAGUACGCCAAGGCCCACGCGCCCGCCUCGGCAUCCAACGCUAGCGACGACGAGGAUGACGAGGGCGACGACGAGGGCGACGACGCAGGCGAGGCGUCUGCAGUGGUGGACAGCAAGGAAAUCGAGGAGCUCCAGGCGAAGCUCGACGAGGAGACUAGGAAGCUGAACGGCAUGCUUCUCUCGUCACCGCAGAGCCUGAUUGACAUUCAGAAGAACAUUGUCGACAUGGUGCAGAAGACGCUCAUCAGCAAGGCGCAAGAGGCCCAGGCGGCGCGGGCCAAGGCCAAGAGCGACAAGCCCAAGAAGCCGAGCAAAGGCGGCAAAGCCAAGUCGGCGAGCUCUGGCGGCCGCAAGUCCACGGGGGGAGGAGCCGGCCAAGCAAAGAAGUCUGGGGGGUCCAAGAAGGCAGGCUCCAAGAGAGGUCUCAACGCAGCCGAGAAGGACCAGAUUGCCAACGCAAUCAACGAUUUGGAGAAUGUCCAUCUCAACCGCGCGAUAGAAAUCAUCAAAAAGGACACUGGCCAGAACGAGAACAACGACGGCGAGCUCGAGCUGGACAUUGAGCAGCUGAGCAACGACGCCCUCAUGAAGCUUUGGGAACUUUGCCGCAAGACCAUUCCUAGCUUUGCCAGAGAAACGGCGCCUGCCGCGUCGUCGGAGCCCAGCCGGCCGGCCAAGCAAAGCUCGAAAGCAUCGACAGCAGCCAAGCCCAAGAAGAACAAGCCCAUGAGCGCCCAGGAGCAAGAGGACCGAAUCGCCCAGCUGACGGCGCUGCAUAAUCUCUAUUCCGACGGCAAGGAGCCAGGCCACGGCACCGGGGUGACGCAAGCACCCACCCCCCGGGCCGAGUCGAGCGACGACUCGGACUCGGAAGAGGAGUAG